GUUAGCGGUACAGACAGAUAGACAGGUUAACUAAACGCCAUUGUUGAAUUAAGACUGUUCUUUAUUUUGUUAAAUAAUUUUGUUUAUUAAUGGACACAAGAGGAGUUUCAGUGUAAGUGCUUGGCAAUUUUUAGUGCAAUAGUGAUAGUGGUUCUAACUAUUUUAAAGAAGUGAAAUUAUUACAAAGACUAGUCAAUGUCAGCAGGCGUGUCAGAUCAGCGGAUGAAAGGACAGGGAAAUCAAGUGUCCAAUGGCCCUAAGGAACAGUUAGGUGUGGGAGAAGGAGCAGUAGGGUCUGAGGAAUUUGAACCAUGGAGGAAUCAGCAACAAAAUACCACAGCUCACACUGCUUAUGGUGCAUCUGUCCCAAUUUCAAGUGCAACAGAUAUUUACAAUAUGAGUACAGCAGGCUACUAUGGAAGUGGAGGGACAUAUCCUUAUCAAGCUUAUGGUGUAGGAGAUGGAACUUGGUCCAAUGGAACCGAUCCAAUGACUUUUUUGAGUGGUUAUCCCCACGAUUCGUACUCGAUGGAUGGUAUGUUCGGUCCAUCAACAACAUUUUCCACUCCUACGGCAUUCGCCGGUCAACCGUCCUCCUUCAACUAUUUUCACAGCAACGGAGACUUCAACACUUGGGGGAGUCAGUUAGGGGGACAACGGAAGUACGAUGAUUAUUAUAGGGAUCACCCAAAUAUGUAUACACAGGCUAUGCCUGAUUCCAGUCUGAAAAGUGUAGAACAGGCCAUGCAAAAUUUGGAUCUAAAAGCAUCUAUAGACUCAAAAGAAUCCCUUGGCCAGCCAAAGAAGACGACAUGGGCAAGCAUAGCCAGUCAACCUGCUAAACCUCAGUUGCCUAUUCAAAACCAAGGAUUGAAAAAGAAAGGUCCAGGUAUGCCUCCAGGUCCUAUAGUUCCCGGCAAGCACAAUAUGGAUAUCGGCACUUGGGACACAAACAAGACUCCACCUCAGUUGCCACCUGUGGUCACAAAUCCUCCUAAAAGCAUAGUUGCAUCAGCUGUUGCAGUUAGGCCUGGUUGGACAGGUCCUCCGAACAAUAGGCAAGCUCCACCAGUGCCAAAUCGCCCUCAACAUCCAAUGCCUACCUACCAGCCACAAGGUAUGAUGCCCCCCCACUUGCCACCACAAGUCAGUAUAACGCCUGGGCACAUACAGGGAAUGAUGCCUCCUCCAAUGCCUCCAAUGAUGGUGCAAACUCCACCACAAACAACCACAGCAGCUCUCACACAUCCUGUUUUAGAUGAAUUAAAAGGAAAAAAUAACUAUAAUCCAACAGACUUCGAUUUAACUGCGCCUAAUGCACGGUUUUUUGUUAUUAAGUCCUAUUCUGAAGACGAUAUUCAUAGGAGUAUCAAAUACGAAAUAUGGUGUAGUACAGAACACGGAAAUAAACGACUAGAUAAUGCAUAUAGGGAACGUGGUAAUAUUUAUCUAUUCUUUUCUGUGAAUGGUUCAGGUCACUUCUGUGGUAUGGCCCAAAUGGUGACACCUGUUGAUUACAAUGCAAAUAGUUCUGUUUGGUCUCAGGAUAAAUGGAAAGGUCAAUUUAAGGUUCGCUGGAUAUAUGUUAAAGAUGUUCCAAACGUCCAGUUGCGUCAUAUCCGUCUUGAGAACAAUGACAACAAACCAGUAACAAACUCUAGGGAUACUCAAGAGGUACCCCAUUCAAAAGGAGUGCAGGUUCUCCGUAUAAUGCAUGCCUACCGACACUCAACUUCUAUCUUUGACGAUUUUAUACAUUAUGAAAAGCGGCAGGAAGAAGAGGGUAUGCGGAGGCAACCCACUCCCAAGGAAAAUUCGGGAGGUGGUAGUGGGGGAAGUGCCAGUGGUAGUCACGAAGGCGGAGGACAAAUUAGGGAACAUAGAGAAAGGGGUGACCAUAGGGGAGGAAGGAAUCACGAUAGAGAUAGGGAAAGGGAGGGUGGAGAGGGAGUGCAUCGCUCUGGUGGUGGUGGACAUAGGAAUAAUGAACAUCAUGGCGGAGGUGGACAUAAGGAAUAUCCUGUACAGAUCACCUUACUAAUGGAGAAGUGUUGAGAAGAGUCUACAAGCAACAAAUUACUUUACAGGGAGGAAGAGAGAGCUGGAAUAUUUUGCUCAUCUGAAACCACAUAACAAAUAUCUGGGUCCGGACAAAAAAUCCCCACAAAUUAUUUCUGGACAAAAAAUCGCCAGACAAAAUAUCCCCACGAAAAGUCCCGGACAAAAAAUCCCCAAAAAAUAUUUGCUGGCGAAUAGUUCUCUAAAAGUUUUCUCGAAAUUUUUUCAAAUUCCAAUUUCAUGCCGAAACCUUCAAAUUUUACAUGACAAAAAACUAGGCCAGAAGAACCUUGUCACCCUCCUAUGGGUCCCAGGACACAUAGGAAUUGGAGGGAACGAAACAGCAGAUCAGCUGGCGAAGAAAGGAGCCGAAACCCCAUAUCUGGGACCAGAACCAUCAUGUGGGAUCAGCAGUAGCGCAAUCUUAGGAGAACUAAGAGGAGAAUUGGAGAGGGAAAAGUCCAAGUACUGGAAUCAGUUGGAAGGAUUGAGACAAGCCAAGACAAUUCUGGGAAAUUAUAACCAGAAUAGAUCUCUUAGCUUUCUCAACCUCAGUAAAAAGAAGAUCCGGAUUUUGACGGGAAUAAUGACCGGGCAUUGCCGGUUAAGAAGUCACAUGAAGAAGCUAGGAUUGGUAGAUGAAGCAAAAUGCAGAUUCUGUGAGGAAGAGGACGAAACCUCAAUACACAUACUCUCAGAAUGUCCUGCAUUGCAGAACUCCAGGGUCAGAUACCUAGGGGCACAUGAAAUAGAAGAGGAGAACCUGCCUGAAUUGAAGCCCGACGAUGUCCUAAUCUUUCUUAGGAAAAUAGGACUGGAAGAGCUGCUAUAGGUCUGAGAAAACAUCAGACUCAUGGCAAGCAAGGGGGACACAAUAGAUCCUACGGGUCGCAGUGUACCUAUCACCCCUAUCUACAUACAUACAUACAUACAUACAUGACAAAAAAAUGUGAGUUUUUCAAAAAUCGAUGCUGUGGGAAUCAUUUGUAAUUAUUCGCUUAAAUCUUUUGCUCACUCUGCUUUGAAUAACUAUGUUCAAAACAUUGCGUAUUAUCUGUGUGCAUACAUGCAAAACUUUUGCCCUAUUACGAAUGUUAGUUUUGUUAUGAAAACGCAGAACACCGGUUUUUGACAUAGCUUUUGAAAUCUUUUGAACCAGGUUUUUGAAAUGUUGUUUGCAUUGAAUUGAAACUGAUGACUAAAUAUUUUUCGGUUAACUAAAAAUAUUACUACCAUACGCCGGAGUGACUACCAGUGUGAUUUCAGGCCUGGAAGAUCGAUUGUUGAUCAAAUAUUUACUAUUAGAUAAAUGCUUGAAAGGAUUGGGAGUGUAAUCAAGACGUGCAUCCGAUCUUUAUAGAUUCCAAACAGGCUUAGAUUCAAUUAAUCGUCCAACACUAUAUGGAAUACAAUUUUUACGUACGCCCAGCUCGACCAAAAUGGCCGAGCUGGGCGUACCCAAGAAACUAACUGUUGUAACGCAAAUGCAUGUAACUCCUUUGCACAAGUUUGAAUAUUGGGAAAAAUGUCAGACGCUUUCUGCGUAAAUUCUGGACUGAGGCAGGGAGAUCCGUUGUCCCCAUUUUUGUUUAACGUUGCCUUAGAAUAUGUCAUGCGAAAAAUUUAUCCAAAAAUCAAACCAGACAUAGCUACUCGGCGAGGGGCCAGAUGGGAGAAGGUCUAUAGUCUAUAGGACGGCCUAGAAAAAGGUGGAAAGAUGCAGUCAGAGAAGAUCUGGAGACAAUGGGAGUGAGACAAUGGGAAAUAGUGGCACAGGACCGACAAACAUGGAAGGCAAUAGUAAACGCGCCAAAGACUCUCGAAAAGUUAUAACGACAUUGAUGAUGAUGACUAAAUAUUUUUGACGUUAAAUUUACAAAAAGGAACAGAUUUUUUUGCAUUACAAUCAAGAUUAUAGUUUUAAAGACCAACAGUUAUCAUCACGAAUACGCAAUGUUUUGAACAUAGUUAUUUAAAACAGAGUGAGCAAAAUAUUUAAGCGAAUAAUUAGCACAUGAUUCAUACAGCCUUAUCUCAUUCCCCAUAUCACUCUCCCCCACGAUUUUUUAAAAAACUCACACUCUUUUGUCAUGUAAAAUUUGAAGAUUUCGACAUGGAAUUGGAAUCUGAAAUUUGGUAAUCGAAAUUACAAUUCAUCUUCUUCUUAAAGUGCUGAGACCGCUUGUCGAUCGUUGGCUCUCAUGUUGCCCAGCAUAUUAACAAUCAUUGUAUUAUUUGCAGCCGCACGAAAUAGUUCAGUGUUAGUUAUCCCAAACCAUUGGCGUAGGUUUUUAAGCCAAGAAGUUGUACGGCGGCCCACACUUAUUUUUCCCAUUAUUUUUGCCUUGCAUGACAAAGUGAAGUAUGUAAUUUUUCUGGGUGACGCAUUAUAUGACCAAAGUAUUUCAAUUUACGCCUUUUAACCGUGUUCACUACUUCACAGCUUUUAUUUAAACGUUGCAAAAUCCUUUCGUUUGUGAAUCUUUCUACCCAACUGAUCUUCAGCGGCGGUAGAUCCGCAUCUCAAAUGCUUCUAGGUUUUUUAAAAGCGAUUCUGUCGAGGUCCAUGCUUCAACCCCGUAAAGUAGUACUGGGAAUAUAUUAUAACAUCGAACCAUUCUUAUGCGAAGUUCCAAAUUGAAAUCAUGACUGCACAGGAUUUUCUUAAAUUUCAUAAAACUUGUUCUUGCUUUGGCAAUUCUACUUUUUAUAUUUCUGCACUAGGAUUCCAGCUUUCAUUAAUAUGAGUACCCAGAUAUACAAGAUAACUUACGCGUUCAAUUGUGUCAUUACCAAUUGUUACGUUAUAGUUAUUAUUAGUUACGGCUGCGUGUUUACUGAUAACCAUAAACUUUGUUUUUCUUGCGUUGAGUUUGAGUCCAUAUAUCGCGCAGAACGCCACCAUUCCGUUCAAUAACGCUUGAAGAUUUUCAAUUGAUCCUGUCACUAACAAGGUAUCAUCUGCGUAUCUGAUAUUGUUCAUAAACACGCCAUGAAUGAGUAUGCCCUCUUUUGCAUUUUUCAACACUUCAUUUAAAUUGUUUCAGCGUAAAGAUUAAGCAACAUUGAGGUAGCAUUUUUUCAUGGCCAACUUUAUGGCGAACUUACAAUUCAUGCUUAAUAUUAAUUGCUGUUCAUUAUUUUCGUGCCGAAAAGCUGUUUCAUGGCGAUUGCUAUCUAUAACUCUCAUGCACUGAGGCUGAAAAACAUUUGCGUCGAUUGCAUUCACGGGAAAACUUUUAGAGAACUUUCGGCAGCAAUAUUGCUUGGCGAUAUUUUGUCCGGGAUUUUUUGUGGGGAUAUUUUGUCCAAAAAAAAUUGUGGGGAUUAUUUGUCCGGGUUUUUUUGUGGGGAUUUUUGUCCGGGGAUUUUUUGUCUGGGGAUUUUUUGUCAAGGGAUAAUUUGUAGGGAUUUUUUGUCCGGGAUUAUUUGUCCUAGAUUCCAAAUAUCGCCUCCAGCAACUUAUCCUUUAAGGAUAUGUGGACCCAGGGAGAAGAAUAAUGUUAAUAGCCAACGUUCCCAAAGGAUAAAGCAAUAGAAGGAGAUAUUUUUUAAUAAUUAGCUACAACCAUUCUGAGGUCUGAGGGUGGUUAAAUAUUUAUUGUAUUUUGUUUAAUAUGCCUUAUAUGUUUGAUAUACAUACUUUUUAUUACGUUUCAUAAUAAAAAUUUUCAAUAUUGAGAAAAAUAAAGGUACUUUAUACUCUUGA